UUCAUGACGUCAUGCGUCAUUCUAUUUUUAGCAUUUGUCAAAAGGCAGCGAACCUGUGUAAAGUGUACAGUGAUUUGCGUUGAAUUUCUUGUUAAUAAUUGUAAUAUGAACUGAAUUUCUAGACUUUAGUGCCCCGUGUUUAUUUAUCUACUUUAAUUAGCAUAUUAAUUUUAAUACAAUUUGUAGGACCGCUGGCCCUGGAUAUUUCUUUUUAUAGGUUUUAGGAUGUCAGAAAAUACCAUGGUGUCAACGAUACCGCCGCCCCCAGGAACCGAACUGAACGCCUCCACCGUAACCGCCCCCCUACCGAAAGGUGAGGCACCCCCUUUACCAAAACAACCGCCACCGCUGCCCCAGCAGCAACCGCCAACGAUACCGCCUCAAUGGCCGCCCCAACAGCAGUACUACAAUUUUAACUACGGUCAGUACCAGCAGCAGCAGCAGCAGUUCUAUAACGCGCAGUAUUACAUGAUGAACCCUUACUAUGCGGCGGCGGCUAUGCAUGCGCAGAACAUGAAAAAAGACGAUGAUAAUAAGAUUAAUAACAUCAACCCGCCGUUGCCGCAAGGGCCGCCGCCUUUGUUGAAUACCCCGAAAUUCGGGCAAAUUAGAUUUCAGCUCAACGGUAAAAGAUUACCGCAACAAAACGCUUUACAGCAACAGCAACAAAAUUCAUCGCCGAAUAGCGGGGCGGCGAAGAAAAAGCGCAAGCGCAAUAGGAACAAUCAAAUGAACCAACAACAACAACAACACAACUUUCAGCAGCAAAAUUUGAAUCAGUUUCAGUUUUUCCAAAACACGCCUCCCUUACCGCCCCCGGAAUCUUCCGCCCCCAAGCCGGCCCCGCCGCCGGAAACCAUGCCCCCCGAACCCCCUCUACCCCCGCUACCGGCCGACAGCGAACCCGCUCGCAUCGAGCCGGACGUGUCGAAGAUAUCCCCCCCCAAUUCGUCCAAGAACCCGACCGACGAAUGGCCGCAGAGUUUGAAGGACUACGUGCACCAGAGCUACGCCAAGUGCAAAACCGCCAUCGACAAGAACCAGGUCGAGAUAAUCUUGAAAGGAAAGAUAACGCACGCUUUUAAAACGGGGCAGAUGAACAAGGACUGGGCGAAGGAACCUCUGCCGAACAUACACAGCGAAAGGACUUUGACGCCCGUCAAGCCGGUUCCGGGUCAGCUGAGUCAGUUUCAGAAUAGCAACGGCGCUUCGCCCUUGUUGGGGAAUGUUAAUAAUAAUAAUAAUGGUAAGAGGGGCAGCGGCGGUUUGUCGGUGGCGCUUGGAGCGAGGUUGGGGGCGAGGAAUGCGUUGCUUAGGGGCGGUAACAGUCGCUCGAGGUCGAGGAGUAGGUCAAGAUCGAGAUCAAGAUCGCCAUACAAGUCCAGGUCGAGAAGUCCCAGGAGACAUCGGUCUACAAGCGAUUCAUCGGAAAGCGACGAAGGCUACAAACCCCUAACGAUAAAACCGAAACAGAACAACACCCCUGGCGGCAAAAAAGGCAAACUGGCCGACCGGCUGGGCGCCAUUAAAAAUAACACGCCCAACGUCAAAACCCCGAACAGCGCUAAAAACGCAGCGAAAAACAAGAAGGCCGUGAAAGAAAAGAAAAACGCGGCCUUCUACUCGACGUUCGGAUCGGAGUUGGAAGAAAACUCCGAACUAUUGCAGCAAAGAGCUGCGCGGUUUAACGGCAGCGCGCAGAAAGUUGCGCAGCAUCAACCCUCCUCGCAGGUAUUCAAGAAACAAAAACAAUCUUUCCAGGUCGACAGGUACGAGGAUAAUUCCAACGGCGAGAUCGAUUGGAGCGACUAUCACAUCGUUGGCACGUGCCAGGACGUUGAAAAAUCGUUUUUGAGGUUAACCAAAGCACCGGAAAGUUAUACGGUACGGCCCGUGGAAGUUUUAAGGCAAUCGCUCAGUAAUGUCAAAAACAGGUGGCUGGCGAAGCAGGACUAUUACUACGCCUGCGACCAGCUCAAAUCGAUUAGACAGGAUUUAACGGUACAAGGUGUUCGUAACGAGUUCACGGUGGAAGUGUACGAGACGCAUGCGCGCAUCGCUUUGGAAAAAGGCGACCACGAGGAGUUCAAUCAGUGCCAGACCCAACUGAAAAUGUUGUACACCGAAGUGGGAGGCGGCUCGAACAAGAACGAAUUUACCGCGUACCGUAUCCUCUACUACGUUUUCACCAAGAACACCUUAGACAUAAUGACGAUAAUGAAGGGCCUGACGGCGACCGAAAAAUCGGACGAGUGCAUUUCGUUCGCGUUAAAGGUGCGCAGCGCGUGGGGUCUCGGCAAUUAUCACCGGUUUUUCUCGCUGUACGCGGUAGCGCCCUCUAUGGCCGGUUUUCUUAUCGACUGGUUUAUCGAUAGAGAGCGAAAAGAAUAUUUAAAAUGCGUCAUCAAAAGGUACGUAUCAAACAUAAUUUCCACUAUGACAAAGAUGGUGAUUACUUAGUCAUUAACUUUAAUAGCUAUGCUAUACAGUAUAGUCUAUACUUAUUUAAUCUAUAGUCGAAAUAAUCGUGUAGAUGUUGUAUGCAAACUAAAGGGGUUCUAUACUGUUUAAGGCGAAAAAUUAAACGAUUUAGUUGAUAUUUUUUAGGUAAGUAAUCAUUUUUUUAUUUAAACUAACUAUACUGCAUCAAAUAGUGUAUGGUUUGUCGUCUUCAUAAAAAAAAAUUAUGAGAAAAUUUGUGAAAUUGUGGACAUUACUGACAUUGCCCCAAAACACAUUUUUUACAGGAAUGUUUUGAACAUUAGUACAAAAAUUAAGUUUUUCUGACAAUUUUUUCAUGAAUAUUUUUUUUAUAGACCUUAAACCAUACACCAUUUGAUGCUGUAUUGCUUGUUUAAUUAAAAUUAUGAUUAUAUACCUCAAAAAAAUCAACAAAAUAGUUUAAUUUUUUGUGUAUGGGUAUCUUUUUUAUUUGCUACAAGGUCAGUUAAAUUAGAAAAAAGUUGCGUGAUUAUAAGUCUAUUAAAAUGGAAAAUACAAAUUUUAAAAAACCAAAAAUUGUUAUAGCUUUCGUUAUUCCUGGGAAUUUUGAAGAAAAUUUCACAUGUAAACAUAGACAUUCAUCCACAUUUUUAUCCAAUUUGUAUUUUUUUUCGCGUGCUAGAUUCUGAGUUAACACCAACAUCUUUUGUUUUUCCUAUAUUGGACCAUUAUAAAAACAAAAAAUAGUGAUGGUAACUCAAAAUCUAGUAUCAAAAAUGUAGAUUAAUGUCUAUUUUUUCAUGUAAAACUUGCUUUUUUUAAAUGUCCAGGAACACACA